AACAUUUCAGCCAACUUUUAUUCUUAAACCCAAGCAAAAUGGUUAAUUUUAAUCUUGCUUUACAUUAAUUUGCUUAUCGUGUCACUCAUUGAUACACUAAGCCUAAAAACUAAAUAAAUGUACAUCUCGCGUGGCAAAAUAAACUCCCUAAACAAAUACAUCUGUCAUACUCACUAAAUAUAUCUCAUUUUUGCAAGCCUCGUUUCAUUGGCUUUGUAAUAAUUGUGAAUCUAAUCUAAUCUGAUCUAAAAAUGAACAGUAGCUUUGGAAUAGUUGUGACUACUGAUCUGAACCUUGAGCAGCAGACUGUGACCUCUCUGUAAAGACUCCAGGUCUAUCGAAAUGAGAUCUACUGGCCCAGAACCUAUAAUUAGCAUGUUGUUGACUUCAGGGAAAUACAGAGAGCAGGAGCGCCGACAAGAGUUAGAGCUGUAAACAGAGAACGACAAGAAGAAGAAGUAUUUCUAAAACAAGAAUAAAACCCAGACGAGAACAGCAGAGCACUUGACAGCUGGUUUUCAUGGAAUUUACAAGAAAAUAUCUCCCCAUGGAAUGGGAGGAACGCUGGAGAAAAGAGAAAGAGAGCAGGAAAAAGAUAAUAGAAGAAGGUGGAGAGAAGUUUGAGGAGGAGAGCAGGAAGCUAAAAUGGAUCAUGUCCUACAAUGACAGGAGGAUAGGAAUGAAAGAAGGGGCGGUGAAAGAAACGGAGGAUGGUAAUAUGGAGGAAGAUGCACCAAUGCAAAGGUACCAUAGAAAAAGUUACCCAAGUGAGAUCUUCCAGACUCUGGAGGAGAUGAAGAAGGAGAAUGUCCUCACGGACCUGAUCAUGAGCACUGAGGAUGGGCUCAGCCUCCACGUUCACUCGCUUGUCAUGGCUGCGGUGAGCUCCGUCAUCCAGCAAAAGCUCCUGGAGAGGGAUGGAGAUGAGAAGGAGAUCUCACUGAGAUUGGGUCCUGAGGUUAAUGGUUUUGGUUUGGCUGCAGUGGUGGAGCUCGCUUACACUGGAGCCAUCACCAGUCUAAACAAAGACAACAUGACACAGAUCCAGACUGCAGCUGUUAGUCUGGGAGCUCAGAGAGUCCUGAAGCUCGUCGAAUUGGAGGAAGAUGGAGGUAACAAGGAAGUAAAACAGGAAAAGGUCUCAGCAGAAGAGCAAAUGAAGGUCAACCUGCAGUCCAUGAAGGACUUAUGGGAGAGAAGAGUGGGAUGUGAUGUAGAACUGGUUGCAGAAGGAUCUGUUUUCUGUGCUCACAGGGUGCUCCUGGCAGCCAGCAGCGACUUCUUCAGAGGCAUGUUCACCAGCGGUAUGAAGGAGAGUCAGCAGGAGUCUGUGCCUCUAAUGUUAGUCGGAGCCGCUGAGCUCGAGACCCUCCUGCGCUGUGCCUACAGCGGCGCUCUGGUGCUCGGAUGGGGCUGUGUGUUCGAACUUGCCUGUACAUCACUCCAGUUCCAAUUUCAGCCCGCCAUCUCACUCUGCCUCAAGUUCCUGGAGCAAGAGAUGGACAUCCAUAACUGUCUGGACGUGGUGUCCUUUGCAGAGGCCUACGGGAUGGCUGACUUGCUAGAGUUGGCUGAGGAUUUUGUCCUUAGACACUUCCAAGAGAUAUCUGCCACCCCAAAGUUUAAGGACCUCCCAGCUGAGAAGCUUCUGCAGUUCCUCCGAUGCGACGCGCUGUCUGCUCCAUCGGAACUGGCUGUUUUCCGAGCAGUCGUCACUUGGGUGGAUGCGGAUCCCAACGAACGUCUCCCACAGGCCGAAGAGCUCAUGCGAGCAGUGCGUUUUCCAUUCAUGACCUUCCGGGAAUUUCGAGAGGUUCGUGCUGUGAACCUGAGCAUGGAAUGCAGUGGAGAAGUCGAGGUUGAACUCUACAAGUCAGCACUAAAAGAGUUUGGAUUUGGCAUCUCUGAUCGUGUGGCACACCAACGUGUACGUCACCCCAAAGACGCCCUGGUUUUGGUCGGAGGUGAUGAGCUGAAUCCAGACAUGGGUAAACGGCUUCCCAGCAAGCAGCUCUGGUUUGCUAACUCUCUGAGAAGCGGAACAGGCCUCGUGAAGGAGAUUGAGUGGAGACUGCUGGGUGAAAUGCCAGAUCAGGCCAGAUUCAGGCACGGUGUUGGGGUUCUUGACGGUCAACUAUAUGUAGCUGGAGGCUGCCAUUUCUAUGCAAAGUCUGACACCAUGAAAUCUGUUUACAGGUACGACCCUGAGCAAGACCACUGGAAAAGACUGGCAGACCUUCAUGAACUUAGGAGUAACUUUAUGCUGGUGGUGAGUGGAGACAGUCUGUAUGCUAUUGGAGGAGACAAAGACAUCAACACAAAUCUUGACAGUGUGGAAAAAUACUCACCAGAAACAGAUACAUGGAGCUUCUGCCAUCCUUUGGACCAAGCCUUGAGCGGUCAUGCUGCCACUGUCUGGGGAGGCGAGAUCUUCAUCUCAGGAGGCUUCAACUGCAAGUACGAAUGCCUGGUGUCCAUGUUCCUCUACCACCCAGAGAGAGGAACCACGUACCUCGCUGAGAUGACCCACGACCGGGCCCAGCACUGCAUGGAGAGUCUGAAUAACCGUUUCUAUGUAGCUGGCGGGGUGUGCAACCUCCGAAAGUACUACACCGACCAACUGGUCUGUGAGAUGUACAGUCCUGUAAGUGACACCUGGACAAUGUUAACUCCUCUCCCAAAUCCCCACGUCGGCGCUGCCUCUGCCAUCCUGGAGGAGAGGCUGUAUAUUCUAGGUGGUUAUUGCCAGGAGGACUAUAGCGAAGCCAGACUCACCCAUCGCUAUGAUCCAGUGAUGCAGAGAUGGGAGGGCAUGGGAAAGAUGCCUGGUGCCGUCACAGAUGUACGUGCAUGCCUCCUCUCUCUGCCUGAUCACAUCAGAAAAUGAGAAUAAGAUGAGCAAAUGUUUGUUAGCUUUAUGUGUGUAUCUUGAAAAUCUAGUGAGAUGCCUUGCUUUCUGCAUAGGAGCUGAGUAUCUGAAACGUUAACUCAGAAGUGAUUGUUUUGCGUUUUGGAAUGUACAUGCAGCAUGUCUUAGUGUCUUAACACUCUUUGAUAGUCCAUUUUUAAUAAUAACUAUUUGAUUGCUACAUUUUGGUUUGUAAAUAUAUUUAUAAGUGACAUUUCUUUUGUUGACUAUCUGGUAUGAUAAUGGCAAUUCAAACACAGUAUUGUUUGGAUGGGUUGUUACACGAUACCGAACACAGAUAACGUAAACAGAUGAAGUUUGUAUGUACUUACAAUCCAUUAAAUUCAUACCCUCAAUACUCAUACCCGUUAUCCAUUAAAUUUAUCAAUUAAAUGUCACUGAUGAAGAACACAUCUUUGCUGUUGAUCAACACAGUCUACACAGUCACAAUCUAUCAGUUGUGGCCUAAUAAUUAGAGCAGUGUUUCCCAAUCCUAGUCCAGGAGAACCCCCAACACUGCACGUUUUUGGUGUCUCUCUUAUCUGACACACACAUUUGAGGCCUUGGAGUCUUCACUUAUGAGCUGAUGAGUUGAAUCAGGUGUGUUUGAAUUUCAGAACUGGCAGGAACCUCUAGUUAUGUCAAGUCUGGCAUGCGAAUCCUGAAAAGUGAAGCCAAGAUUGGAGCAUUACAGCUACUUGAAAGGUGGUUCAGGGGUGUGUGGUUGUGUUCGAGUGUGGACGGAGCCUUGAUACUGUGACUCCUCUUUGCUUACUACUGUGCAGACUCUAUUCCCGAAACAGUGAAAGAUGUCAGUGACAUAUUGAGACACUGGUAGCUUCACUUUUCUACAAAGCAAGAAUGUGAAGAUGCAUCAUGAUUAAUGGACAGAAUAGAGGAUUAUUUGAGAACCAUAUCAUUCUCUUCACACUCCAUCACAGUAGGUGGCGUUAUGCACCUAUGAAUUUAGUUCACAACCUGCCAUAAAUCCAGAAGAAGAAGAAGGUGUGUCAUCCAUUCUUUCUUUUUUUACUGCUUGUGUGCACAUGAAUGGGAUAAAUGCAAAGCACAAAUUUCAAGUAUUUGUUACCGUACUUGGCCACAUGUCACAUCACUUUCAGCUUCAUCUGAUGCUUGUAAACAACUCUGGAGUGCAGGUAGAGAUUUUCCAACAGUAUCAAAACACUAACAGUACACGAACACAGGUAAACGUAUCAAAUGUUCCCUUACAUAUAUGUAUUAUGAAUACUUUGAUAUUUUGCAAUCAUGAUCGUAGUAGUGUAUUACCUCCUGACUGUACCAUGGUACAUCCACAACACUUGAUAUAUUUGUCUAUUUUUGUGCCAAGUAAAAAGUUUUACUGGUGAUUUGUAACCCAAUAUGUAAAAAUUUUGCAUUCAAAGUCACCAAGAUUGAAUACGAUUUGAGUGUUUUUAAGAGGCCUACAGCAUUUCCUUACAAAAUAAGUGUGCACUGUUUUACUUGAUGGCCCUGCCAGUAUUAUAACAUUGUUUACUUUUGUUAAUGAUUAUGUGUAUUUAUAAAUCAAUAGCAUGAUAUGGCUUUGUUGAUUUAAGCAUGUUGGUUUUAGUUUGCAUGUUGUCUAUGUAUUAGGUUUCAAAAGUAUCCACAAUGUAACUUUGUCUCAAAAGUAAAAAUCUACAAUGACA